AUGCAACAAGAGUCUCUCGAGCAUACAAAACCUUUGAUUCAACGAGAUAACCCCUUUGAAACCCCAUCUUCCCAGCAUGGCCCCCUUCACCAUGUCCCGAGCGGCCUCCGCCGAGUCUAUUCCGGAGACUCAAGUGGCGCUGACACUGGCUCUGCACCAGCGCUCCAUCAAGACUCGAGCCAUGACGUCGAUGCCGACUUACUCGAUGAGGAGCUACGUCGACUGAGUCUAAGACAUCACUCGUCUGCUCAACCUUCUGCUCCAGGUCAGCGCAUCUCCGAAUAUGAGAACGCAAUGACUCCGCCUACUCCAAAGAAAGCACUGGGUUUCAAGGUUAUCAAGCGUUUUGAUGUACCCUCUGGCGGAGUCCUACUCGAAGAUUUUCCGAAUGAGAUCUUGACGCAUAUCUUCUCGCAUCUGCAUUCCGAUUCUCAUGCUGCUAUCGCUCUUGUUUCGAAACGCUUUUAUGCCCUUAUCACCAGCUCUCACGCCUGGCGCAUGGCCUUCCUGCGAUUCUUCCCUGGGCAUGAAGCACUCGAGGUCAAGAAUCAUGUGGAUAUCUGGUCUGACAGUUCGCCUGAUUUGAUCCAAUCCGAGUCUCGAUACUUCACUCGUCUUACGCCGCUGGCAUCCUGGAGGAAGGAAUACCUUCUUCGUACGCGCUUGGUUAGAUGUCUGGCUCGUGGUAAACCAGGUGCCUCUGUUGCCUCGGGCGGUAUUGGUGCAUCUGUUCGCAGUGGAAAGAAAACCAGUGCUGUCCUGACGUACAACUCCAAGCUGCCAUGGGCUGUAACGAACGUCCAUGCUGUCUUUACAAACGGCAAAAAGCCGCCAAAAGCGAUCCAUGGCUCUGCUGAUCUUGGAGUAGCAUCAGUCAGUGAUCCUACCAACGGAAGGGUCGAGAAAUGGGGAUUUGUUGAUCCUUUCAAUGCAAUGCAGCUUGACGAGGUGUUUCCCAACCUUGUGCCCUUCGGCUUAGGAGACGGCCCCGCGGCUACUCCCAACGUUCUCGAUGUUAGUCAGCCAUAUGGCGUACUUGCAGGUGAGGGUUUCCCAGGAGGUCGUCCAUACUACCGCCCUGUUGGCGAAAUCCGUGGGCGAUACCUCGGAGGGGUUUCUGGUGUUGUUGAUACAUAUCCCGAUAUCCCCAAGAUCCCGGAAAUGUCCGAGGCCAUCUGUAGUGUGUGGCUGGCCAAGUCAGCAAACGUGCCUACCAACACACAGUCAAUGGUUGGCAUGCUGACUGGUUCUACUCUUGGUGUUGUCACCUCAUAUGCUAUCGGAGGCGACAAUGGUCCUCAGCGUUACGAGUCUGGGGAUGUCACUGCUCGCUGGGUUCUCAGUCCUGGUGUGCCAAUCAUCGCUUUCAAGGUUGACGACAAUUACAGUCAGAAACGUAAGUCUACAGGGAGGAUAUGGGCCGUCGCCCUCAACGCCUUGGGCGAGGUCUAUUAUCUGACCGAGAUACCGACUACACAAAACCAAGACAAGAGUGAGGACGCCACCAAGAAUGCUUGGUUCGCUGGGCGAUCAGUCUGUUGGCAUCUCUUGGACUCUACUCGACGUGUUGCACGGCCAGACGAAUUGGACAAGAAUGCCAUCAAGGGUGCAUACUCGCCGCGGUCACCUUCCAACUCUAUGAAUUUGAGUAAGAGCCAAAUGGCUGCUGAGGCACGAGAAAUUGAAAAAUUCCUCCGCCACAAGCCUGCCCACUUUCGAAGAGCCUGUGAAGGAUGGGAUAUGCAACGUAAGCUGGAAGUCGAUUUUGCCAACGACGAUGGCCAUGGUGCAGGCGAGAACAUCUUUGUACUUGACUGUGGUCUUGCCGAAGAUCACCCUGCACACAUUGAACGUUAUACUCGGUCUCUAGUACCUCAAGACGCUCAAUCAUCUUCUGUCAUAUUAGCGCCUACCCCUCCUGCCCCUUCAAUGGCAAAGCAAGCAUCGCUCUUUGGUGCUACGCAUACAGAGGCAUUGGAGGUUCUAGAGGAGACGGCGUCAGGCUCUGCGUCUCCUGCUUCGCUUUCGUCAUCAGAUUUCGUGUCUCAUUUUCAUGAAUGGAAGAGUUGCUCAAUGUCAUUGAAAGGCCAAAGCCAUGCUGUUAUUACCAGUGUCUCGAUAGACUGUUCUAAUACGGCAGUUUUGACACUUGGCGAAGAUCCUCUACACGAAGCUGAGGACGAAAUUCCAGGCCGCCGUUCCCGUUUGUUUGCUGUCGGAACAGAUGAUGGCGCCGUACUUGUCUGGAAUGCUCGCGAGGAUAGCAAGGCCGUCGAGAUCAACCCUGUGCGACAAAUUCAGACCGAAUCUCCUGAAGUGUCCUGCGUGGCUCUCUCGGCCAUGUAUCUUGUCCAUGGUGGAAACGAUGGCCUUGUUCAAGCAUGGGAUCCCCUCGCGUCGACAUUGGACCCUGUCCGUACACUCAAUGCGAGGUCUAACGGCAGAGUGCCCCGACAUAUGAUGACAAUGAACCCCACCCUCAAUGAAUCGACUUAUUCAGCAGUUGGCGCUAUCUAUCUUGACCCCGAUCCCACUGUCCUUCGAGGUGUUGUUUCUUUCGGUGCGUUCUUGAGGUACUGGGCAUACAGCUCUGCCAGUCACGCCUCGGGACGCAAGCGUCGGCUCAGACAUACUGACGUACAUGGACGUUUGGCCAGUCGUCGCCAAGACGGCAAGGUUACUGGAUUCAUCGCUGCUGAGGAAGCUGAGAUCCAACGCGACAAUGAAAUAAAGGCGAGGGAGCAAAACCGUCUGCGCAACCGCUUUGGUGUCGGUACACUUGGGGACUUGACUGAGGAGGAGGCUUUGCGGUACGCACAGAUGGUUUCUGAGGAGGCGUUUCUCUUCGAGGAGCUUCGCCGAACUAGCGACUCAGCCGCUGAUGCAAGUCUGGACACCGCCUCGACAUUCAGCGAGACCACGGUUGACACUGUUACUCCUGAGCCUAGCGUCACUGAUAUGAUAACCCCCCCGUCUGCGUCGACUGAUAAUGUUGGCCGAGCGCCCGUCGAGGACGACUACGAACAGCAAAUUCAACAGGCCAUCCGACUGUCUUUGAUGGAAGGCGUCAACGAGAACGGCCCAUCGCCUCAGGUGGUAGAUUCGGGUGACUAUGAGUUUUCCCUGACAUACAAGCCCAAGUCCAACAAAAAGACCAAGGCCUCGAGAAGUGUAUCACCAGGCGCUUCCAAAGUGGAAUCUUCAGGCCAUCCUGGGCUCAUGGAUUAUGAUUUGGAACUUGCCCUGAAGCUCAGCAUGGAGGAUCAGGGCUUGUACCCAACUGAGGCAGAUUUAGGCUUUCAGUAUGAGGAGUUCCCGACUCUUGAGACUGAGGGCAUAGGCAAAGGCAAAGGUGUGCAGAGAUGGUGA